GGGGUUUCGAGAGCUAGAGCAGGAUAUAUAAGGGCGUGGUGGAGGUUCCUUUCCGUCACUUGAGCUUCAGGAGCCGUCCUUUCGACCUUAGCCAGCGGUGUGAUAGGUCAAUCCUUCUGCAACAUGGCAAGAUCCUUCAGGCAGCAGACACUGACUGUGAUGGCGGUCGCCCUUUGCCUCAGCCUGGCUACAGCGCAGACCUUCGAAUACAGUAGAGGAUGGACGAACGGUCGAAAGCGCUCAGAAGGAAGUCUCAGCGUCGUGAGGGGCCCUGCAAGCUCCCCCAUCCUCGGUCUCCUUUCGUCUCAGGCCCUCCAAAUGCCCGGCAAGUAUUCCUACGGCUUUCAGAGCGUGAGAAGCCGAUUCAAUGCCCUGGAGAACAGUCUCGUCGACGCCUUCAGGAGAAACGGUGACCUCUUCGUGGGCGGGGACGCUCCGACCUUCGCUGAGAAUUAACUCCCGGUGAUCUUUCGAGUCUUUGAUGGUGUGAUUUAGUUUAUAUAAACACAUUCAGAUACAUAUAUAUAUACAGCAUAUGUCUAUACAUAUUUAUGUAUGCAUACAUAUAUACAUAGAUACAUAGUUACAUAUAAAUAGAUAGAUAAAUACAGAAGUACGUACAUAUAUAGUUACAUAGAGUUACAUACAUACAUAAAUACAUAAUUACACGCAUAUAUACAUGCAUACAUACAUACAUAUAUACAUCCGCUUUUCUUCUGUCUUUGAUCUUAGAGUUUGAAAAGACUUCUAGAUUCUCUGUAUUAAUGAGAAUAGGAAAAUGUGGAGUAUUUUGUUCAAAGCAAAAUGCAAGCUUUAGUUCAACAUGAACUAAAAGAGAGAGAGAGAGAGAGAAAAAAAAAAAAAAAAAACAGAGAUUCUGAAACACCUGCGUUAGCCUCAAAUACAAGUACUUGAUUAAACUUUUCUUGUAUUAUUCAUAAGCCUUUUUAAGUCUUUUCAUAAUCCAUACUAUGUUUCUAAAAACGAAUGAAGUUUUAUAUCUUAUU